UUUAGCUCUCGUUUGCUCUGACCCUGCUCCCUAUAUCUAAAUCUGGUAAAGCCACCUGCAUAGGUCUUCGCGUGCUUCUGUGAGUCGAUGAAAGCCGAAAAUCGUUGUAUACUCUAGCGGCUGCCGCCAUCUGCUGACUGAUAGAGUGUGAACAGCAUGUUUUCAACUUCUUCAGCUUCACUCGAACUGAACAGAUUUGAAUCAUUAGGAACGAACUGUUUAUCCGUUACAUGUGCUUUUUGCGGCGAAUUUGCUCCUGAUGGUGAAUAUCUAUAUCACAGACACGGACAGUGAGCGGUGGCUUCAUAUAUAGGGGAAAAAGCGUAAGAUGAAACCUAUCUCGGAGUGGAAUCCGUUAAACAAGGCUUGCGAAAAAAAGUCGUAUUAGAACGACAGAAAGCUGUUCAUAGUGGUAUCGAUACGAAUCGCAAGUAUGAUGAAGUGCGUUUUCUCAGCGGAUCCGUUGUAGGGAAUAGUAUAGCAACCAUUGUUACGUUGACGUGGAAGAGCACGAAUCGCCAGUAGAAGGGUCUGCUUCCACUUGAUAGGCCGAUAGUAGACGCCUAGACCGUUCGUGCUGUGCAUGCGUCUGUGGAAGCCUGCGUUGGAUAGGCUCAAUGCACUCUAUCCAAGGCUUGUAGCAUUGCGCCGGCGACUCGGCCGGGCGUUUGAUACGGUUGAGAUUUAGAAGCAAGGGUGACCACACCAGUACCUAUUAUCGCUGUCUAACCGGCUAUGGCUGACACUAAACGCGUAGUCGGUUUAGUACUGGCGCGAGGUGGCUCCAAGGGUAUCCUCCACAAAAAUCGGCGGAUUCUGGCCGGUCGUCCAAUGCUUAGUUGGGUUCUUCGACCAAUGCAGCACUGCAAACUUAUCGAUGAAAUUUGGGUAUCAACUGAUGAUGACCAAACCGCGGAAAUCGCUCGUGCAGAGGGGGCAAAUGUAUUCACACGUGGAGUUUGCUGUGCUACUGACGACGCCAGCAGCGUGUCAGCCGUUGAUGAGUUCCUACGAGAAAAAAACACUAGCUUCGACGUAGUCGCCCUCGUUCAGUGCACGUCACCCUGUCUCCAUCCCUGCUACCUUGACGAAGCUAUUGAACUGGUACUGAACGGGUCAUAUGAUUCCGUAUUUUCGGUUACGAGGGACUUCAAGUGGCGUUGGACUGAAUUGGCGCCUGCCGAUGGAACCAGCCGCCCAUUAAACUUCGAUCCUGCUCUCCGACUGUGUAGACAACAUUGGUCUGGGGAGAUCGUGGAAUCCGGUCAUUUCUACGUAACUCGGAGUCGAUUGGCCUGUGAGGGGCUUCUUCAAGGGGGACGGUGCGGAUACGUAGAGAUGCCCAGCCAUCUUUGCGGAGAGGUUGACAGUGAUGAGGACGUAACGCUUGCUGAACUUCGUUUAGCAAAGCACGGCUAUCGUGGGCCACAGGCUUCAACAGAUGUCGAACUUGUGCUUGAUGCGCCAACGGAAUUCCAUUAUCGUCACUGCACGUCGCGAUAAAUAGUUAUAAAUUGAAAUUGCUCACUCCAAGCUAACUGCGGAAACCAUUGCCAGUCGCCAAUUAAUUAUCUUAAUAUAUAUGUUUAGUUAACAAUAUGCUGUAAGGAAGUGUUUCCCACCAUAGAAUCAGCUGAGAAACCUACUCGGAAUACAUGUGGUAAUGAUCAUACCUAUUAGUCUGUAAAGAGAAAUGUAUUAUUACGUAUAGAAUUGUACGAGUGCCGUUAUUAAGGACUCCAAGUUGCUCAACUUUGGUCUGUAGUAAUAUUAAGUAUACCUGGUCAUUAACUAACUUAAAAAACCAAAAAGAGUGUUCUGCAAAUGACCUUUCCCAACAGAAAAAAAUAAUAGCAUAUAAUUGAAGUACGAAUAAUAAAAAAAGCAUAUGUAAAAUUCGUAUGAUAGCAAAGCAUCUUCCUAAAGGUGAAAUCUUAACACCUAAUCUGAAUGAAAAAACUGUUUAAGGUAAAUGAAUAUCGGUUCUGUUAGAGUAAUAAAAAGGAAUCCCAUCAUGCUUGAAUCACUGGGAUCAUGAAUUAGGCCGCAAAGUGUAAAAAGACGUACAGGAAAAAUACGCAGAACCUCCUAUAUAUAUUAUAGCAUUCUUGUACAUCAAAAGCGUAUUAUUAUUAUGAAACUGUCAUGCAUUGCCUUUCGUCGCUCAUCACUCAGUCACAUCUGUUAUAGUUAAGCGGUACCACUGCGUACUUUAAACAAUAAGAUCCUCUGAACCUUGUAUAGGUUGGUCUGAAUAAAUAACAGUCAUGACACGGCCAUCAGGUAACUAUUAUUAUACUGUUAUACAGGAACAUUGAAAAAAGGUACGGUGCAAAAAGGAUGCCAGACCAUUUAAUUCAACUGGAGAGCUAACAAAUUACUUUCUGCAGGAUUUCUUUUUGCGUUUGUCCUUCGUUUAAUUCAUUUGAAUAAUUCGUUUACCUGCGUCAAAAACGACCCACCUUGAAUAACUCCCUAGUUACCUACCCACUCAAGCUCAUGUGCCAUAUUUGAAGGCGACGACGUUACUACUUCACUGCACCCGCCAAAGUAUGAAGCCGGAGGUAGUUGCUUCAUAUUUUGUACUGUUAGACAGGAUGUAAAUAACUGCAAUUAGCAUUGAAACGCUUAAUAAAAAUUUAAUUUAUUGUGUUCGUGAAAACGGUA